AAGAUAACAGUGUAGAAGAGCAUCAAUGGUGCAGCAUUGCGUGAAGUGAUGCAGUAGCCCACUUUGCUUAAGGUUUGAAUUUUUGACAGAUGUGACGACCUGUAUUUAUACUCUACUGCAUAAUAAUAAAAGAUUGAAGUAUGCUCCAUUGGAUAACGUUACCCCAGAAAUCGACGUUUUGCUGGAUUCGCUUACAGUAACGGUUAGACAAACAAUACAUGACUAACGGAGAACAAACAAAGCCCGUGUCAGUUUCUAUCAGUUGACGUACAUUUAAGUCAUUUGGAACAGAUAUUUUGCUCUCAUAGGAAAUUUUUUUUUAAAUCGUCAAAAUGGAAGGGUGUGGAAUGCGCUGUAUGAAAUACUUGCUUUUUGUAUUCAACUUCAUAAUUUGGAUUGGUGGAGCGGGACUUUUAGCUCUCGCAAUAAUACUACACUUUGGGCUUCACUCAUGGAUUCCGGUUGAUGAUGUGGCCACGUUGGGGAACAAUAAUGAUGAGCUUCUGGAAUACAGUGCCUACAUUCUCAUCGGAGCAGGAGCCAUCAUCUUCCUUAUGGCGUUCUGUGGAUGUUGCGGCGCCCUCACGGAAUGCAGGUACCUUCUGGUUAUUUACUUCAUGGUUCUCCUGAUUAUAUUUUGUGUACAGAUAACUGCUGGAAUCCUAGCUUCAAUUUACUCUACGGAUAUUGAAGAUUCGCUUGAUGAGAAUAUGCUCGAUGGUUUCAGGAUGGCUUACGGGAACGGAAAAUAUGCAGAUGAGUUGACCAGCGCAUGGAGGUUAGCUGAGGCGACGUUGGAAUGCUGUGGGUAUCAUGGCGGAGCAGACUAUAAUAACACGGGAGAUGAUUAUUCCUUAUAUAAGAGUGCCAAUAUGUACCCCGGUUUCCCAGACUUCCCCGAGACUUGCUGUGUUGGAGCUUCUAAUCCGACAUACAAUGCAGAUGAUCCCAGUGGAUGUAUGGAUUCAUGGGAUAACGAUGACACAAUGGACAUGGACACGGCUACGUAUCACGGCAAAGGUUGUAAAAAGAUUGUGGCUGAUUUGAUUGACGAGUACAUUAAUUGGAUCCGAGCCGGAGGCAUUGGACUUGCCGUUGUAGAACUUCUUUGUAUGCUCUUUGCAAUAUGCGUUUGCCGAAAUGUUGAAAGUGAUGAUUAGAACUCCAAUUUGAACUACAAAUUAACCGUAUUCCUCAAAUAUUCUUUAAAAGACAAAUGGUGGUAAUAAUAAUUAUUUUCUGAAAGUAAUGAAAAAAAAAAAAACUCCUGACCGGAAUUUAGUCAUGAAAGCUAUAUGUAGGCCAUUUCAACAAUCCAACUUUUAAAAACUAUUUACUGUUGCAAACUUGAUUUCUAAUUUUAAUGAAUAAACAAAGCCGAGCUCAUUUAAAGUUGACAAUGAUGGAAUGGUUCGCAUAUUCUGUGGCAUAUACGUUGAUGGAAAAAAUACCAAUGUUUAAAUUUUUUAUUAGAACAAUGAUAUUUAAUAGUACCAAGGUACAGUACAUUAUGUUGUAGACGACACCUCACCCCCAAUUUAAAAGAAAAUGCGUUAAUUCAUGUUAAAAGUACCUUCAUUUCAGUAGUAAAUUCGUGUGUUACAGAUGAUCCGGUUAUUAUACGAACAUAAUUGGAAAAAUAAAAUAAAUUGUAUUGUGCAUAUAAGAUGACCCCUCCCCCCGUAAAUAGUUGUUUAAAGUCUUGUUAAACGCGAGAAUAUAUGGUACUGUACCAUCUCAUUCUACACUGACAGGCGAUUUUAGUAUUUAUCAUAUUUUACUAAAUAGUAUGUUCUAAUAUAAUUUUAGACUUUUGUAUGUAUAUAAUAAAACAUACUUUAAUUAUUAUUAGAACUGAACCUGUAAAUAAUCAAAUUUUAGUAUGUGUUCGAGACCAGAAAAUGUCAAAAGUAAAAGUAAUUAGUGUUGUUGGGAAUACUAUAACAACUUAACUAUGAAAUACAUUGUUAAUAUUAAAAUUUUAUGUUAAUGCUAGUCAUAAAAAACUGGACACAUACUGUUGAGCGAUUUUGCAUAUAUUAGUUUCCGAAAAGACCAAAUAAAUCUGAAUCGACUCAUGUAGCGCAAA